AUGAACUUCACAUCCGAGAAACAAGAAGUCGGCUCAUCGUACUCUCGCGAAGGCAACAUGGAGUCCGACGGCACGCUCAACAACGGUUCCAACUACGAGCAGUCGCUCGAGCUCGCCCAACUCCCAGACGAUGACACCACCUGGCAUCUGAAGCACAAGAUCGAGGCCGUCAGGCAGAGAGAUGAGCGUUCUGGUUUCCCUGCGAGAGAGCUGGGUGUGACAUGGCAGAACCUCAUGGUGCAGGCCGUCAGCGCCGACGCGUCGAUCCACGAAAACGUCCUAUCACAGUUCAACGUUCCCAAACUCGUCAAGGAGUCCCGCCACAAGCCGCCCCUGAAGACGAUUCUCGACAACUCCCAUGGCUGCGUCAAGCCCGGCGAGAUGCUGUUGGUUCUCGGAAGACCUGGAUCCGGAUGCACGACACUACUCAACAUUCUCGCCAACCACCGCCGCGGAUACUCUUCAGUCACCGGCGACGUUCACUACGGUUCCAUGUCUCACAAGGAGGCGGAGAGGUAUCGUGGCCAAAUCGUCAUGAACACCGAAGAGGAGCUGUUCUUUCCCACCCUUACCGUCGGCCAGACUAUGGACUUCGCAACCCGUCUCAAAAUUCCCUUCCACCUCCCCGAUGGUGUCUCGUCCAACGAGGAGUUGAGAGCGGAGAACAGGGAUUUCUUGUUGGAGUCGAUGGGUAUCCAGCACACUUUCGACACCAAGGUCGGCAACGAGUUUGUUCGUGGUGUUUCUGGUGGUGAGAGGAAACGUGUCUCUAUCAUCGAGACCAUGGCGACGAGAGGUUCGGUCUUUUGCUGGGAUAACAGUACCAGAGGACUGGACGCCAGCACUGCCCUGGAAUACACCAAGGCAGUCCGUGCCAUGACCGACGUCCUUGGUCUCGCCUCUAUCGUCACCCUCUACCAAGCCGGUAACGGUAUCUACAACCUCUUCGACAAGGUUCUCGUCCUCGACAACGGCAAGGAGAUGUACUACGGACCCAUGAAGGAGGCCCGUCCCUUCAUGGAGCAGCUCGGCUUCAUCUGCUCCGACGGCGCCAACGUCGCCGACUUCCUCACCGGUGUCACCGUUCCCACGGAAAGAGCCAUCCGUCCCGGCUUCGAGAAGACCUUCCCCCGUACCGCCACUGCCCUCCGCGCAGAGUACGAAAAGUCGGACAUCUACCCCCGCAUGAUCGCCGAGUACAAUUUCCCCACGACAGAAGCAGCCAAGGAGAAGACGAAGCUGUUCGAGCAAGGUGUUGCCAACGAGAAGCACAAGCAGCUUCCCGCCAACAGUGCCCUCACAACAAGUUUCAUGACCCAGGUCGGCGCGUGUAUCCAGCGUCAGUACCAGAUCAUCUGGGGUGACAAGGCCACAUUUAUCAUCACUCAGGUGUCUACCUUGGUCCAAGCCCUCAUCGCCGGUUCUCUCUUCUACAACGCUCCCAACAACUCUGGUGGUCUGUUCUCCAAGGGUGGUGCUCUCUUCUUCGCCCUCUUGUUCAACAGCUUGCUGUCCAUGUCCGAAGUGACCAACUCUUUCACCGGUCGUCCUGUGCUUAUUAAGCACAAGUCCUUCGCCUACUACCAUCCCGCCGCCUUCUGUAUCGCCCAGGUCGCCGCCGAUAUCCCGGUCUUGAUAUUCCAGGUCUCGGUCUUCUCCGUGGUCUUAUACUUCAUGGUCGGGCUUAAACUGAGCGCGUCUGCCUUCUUCACUUUUUGGGUCGUCGUGUUUGCCACCACGAUGUGUAUGACCGCGAUGUUCCGUUUCAUUGGUGCCAGUUUCUCGACAUUCGACGGCGCUUCGAAGGCAUCCGGCUUCAUCGUUUCCGCGACAAUUAUGUACUGCGGCUACAUGAUUCAAAAGGGACAAAUGCACCCGUGGUUUGUGUGGCUCUUCUGGAUUAAUCCCUUGGCGUACGCCUUCGACUCUCUCAUGUCGACCGAGUUCUAUGGCCAGCUUCUUCCUUGCGUUGGCAACAACCUUGUCCCGAACGGACCCGGCUACACUGACCCCAACCACCAGUCCUGCGCUGGAGUUCCCGGUGCCACUCAAGGCCAGACCUCCUUUAUGGGUGAUCAGUACCUGUCAGCCCUCUCUUACUCUCACAGCCAUGUCUGGCGCAACUUCGGCAUUGUCUGGGCCUGGUGGGUGCUUUUUAUCGCUCUCACGGUCAUCUUCACCUCGCGCUGGCGUUCCGCCGCCGAGGGUGGUGCUUCCCUCCUGAUCCCUCGUGAGAACGCCAAGGUCACCGCAGCCCUGAAGAAUGACGAGGAAGCUCAAACUACCGAAGAAGCUUCGGGCAACAAGAGCGACAACGAGAAGCGUGAUGCCAACGGCAACACCAGUGGAGACGAGACCGACCAGAACCUUGUCCGCAACACCUCCAUCUUUACUUGGAAGAACCUGACCUACACUGUCAAGACUCCCUCCGGAGACCGCAAACUCCUGGACAAUGUUCAAGGAUAUGUUAAGCCUGGUAUGCUGGGAGCUUUGAUGGGUUCAUCUGGUGCUGGAAAGACCACCCUACUCGAUGUCCUCGCUCAACGCAAGACAGAAGGUACCAUCCACGGAUCCAUCAUGGUUGACGGUCGCCCUCUCCCUGUUUCCUUCCAACGUUCCGCCGGAUACUGCGAGCAGCUCGAUGUUCACGAACCCUAUGCCACCGUCAGGGAAGCCCUCGAGUUCUCAGCCCUGCUCAGACAGAGCCGUGACACUUCCCGCGAGGAGAAGCUUGCCUACGUUGACACCAUUAUUGAUCUUUUGGAGCUUCACGACCUGGCCGAUACUCUCAUUGGAAAGGUCGGCAACGGCUUGUCCGUCGAGCAGCGCAAGCGUGUCACGAUCGGUGUCGAGCUCGUCUCCAAGCCCAGUAUCUUGAUCUUCCUUGAUGAGCCUACCUCAGGUCUCGAUGGACAGUCCGCGUACAACACCGUUCGCUUCCUUCGCAAGCUUGCGAAUGCAGGCCAGGCCGUCCUCGUCACGAUCCAUCAGCCUUCUGCCCAGCUCUUCUCCCAGUUCGACACCCUGCUCCUUCUCGCCAAGGGCGGCAAGACUGUCUACUUCGGCGACAUUGGCGACAACGCGAAGACUAUCCGCUCCUACUUUGGUCGAUACGGUGCCCCCUGCCCCGAGGAGGCUAACCCCGCUGAGCACAUGAUUGAUGUCGUCUCCGGCCACCUGUCCAAGGGCAAGGACUGGAACGAGGUGUGGCUAUCUUCUCCUGAGCAUGAGGCCGUUGUCAAGGAACUCGACCACAUGAUCCAAGACGCCGCCUCCAAGCCUCCUGGUACUGUCGACGAUGGUCACGAGUUUGCUCUUUCUCUCUGGGACCAGACCAAGAUCGUCACCCAUCGCAUGAACGUGUCCCUCUACCGCAACAUCGACUACGUCAACAACAAGUUCGCUCUUCACAUCUUCUCUGCCCUCUUCAACGGUUUCUCCUUCUGGAUGAUUGGUGACUCCGUUGGCGACCUCCAGAUGCGUCUCUUCACGAUCUUCAACUUCAUCUUCGUCGCGCCCGGUGUGUUGGCUCAAGUUCAACCUCUCUUCAUCGACCGCCGCGACAUCUUCGAGACUCGUGAGAAGAAGUCCAAGAUGUACUCCUGGAUUGCCUUCGUCACUGGACUCAUCGUCUCUGAGAUCCCGUACCUCAUCAUCUGCGCCGUGCUCUACUACGUCUGCUGGUACUACACUGUUGGAUUCCCCUCUGAGUCUUCCCGCGCCGGAUCCACCUUCUUCGUUAUGCUCAUGUACGAGUUUGUGUACACGGGUAUCGGUCAGUUCAUCGCCGCCUACGCACCCAACGCCGUCUUUGCCUCCCUGGUCAACCCGCUGCUCAUCGGAAUCCUGGUUUCCUUCUGCGGUGUUCUCGUAUCAUACGAUCAACUUCAGAGUUUCUGGAAGUACUGGAUGUACUGGAUCAACCCCUUCAACUACCUCAUGGGCAGCAUGCUUGUUUUCGACAUCUGGGGAACGGAAGUCACCUGCAAGGAAAGGGAGUUCGCCCUCUUCGAUCCUCCCAACGGCACCACUUGCGCCAACUACCUGGCCGAUUACAUGAUGGGCAUGGGCUCCUCCAGCAACCUCAUCAACCCCGAUGCCACUUCCGGAUGCAAGGUCUGCCAGUACCGCGACGGCAGCGACUACCUGCAGACCGUGAACCUCAAGGAGUACUACUAUGGCUGGCGCGAUGCUGCCAUCGUCGUCAUCUUCGCCAUCAGCUCCUACGCCCUGGUGUACCUUCUCAUGAAGCUCCGCACCAAGACCUCCAAGAAGGCGGAGUGA